AUGGAAGCCGGAAGCAAGCCCCAGUUCUUGACGCUCCUCAUGCUCUUCAGUGUGCUGUCUUCGCAAUCCCUGGCCUGGCCUCUCUUUGGACCACCUUCUGCUGGGAGGUUGGAUGACAGAAUGCAGUUUGAGGGAGCAAGUGAUCCUGAUCAAGUCUCAUUAAAAGCAGACACUGACAUCUUGCAGAAUGCCCUGGCGGAAAACGACACACCCUAUUAUGAUGUUUCCAGAAAUACCAGGCAUGCUGAUGGAGUUUUCACCAGCGACUACAGUAGACUUCUGGGUCAGAUCUCUGCCAAAAAAUACCUUGAGUCACUCAUUGGAAAACGAAUCAGUAACAUCUCAGAAGACCCCGUGCCAAGCAAACGGCACUCGGACGCAGUCUUCACGGAUAACUACAAAACCCGCCUCAGGAAACAAAUGCCGUAAAGAAAUACUUGAAACUCCAUUCUGAAUGGAAAGAGGAGCAGUGAGGGAGAUUCUCCAGACUUCCCUGAAGAGCUAGAAAAAUGA